AUGUCGUUCUCGGGCCGCCGUGUGAGCAUCCUGCGCCCCUCCACUCAGCGUUCGUCGGCCAGGGAAGGGCUGUCAGACAACGAACAACGGUCCGAGACGCAUCGCCAGUUCCGAACCGCCCACUCGGGCCACUAUCCCCACGCAGCUCUCGACGCUUCCCGUGCUUCUACCGGUGUCGUCUGGUGCACAGAACGAGCCACCGAUCAUGGCUACGCGGAGGAUCCCUCUUCCUGGGCCAACCUGGGUCAGGGUGCCCCCGAAGUCGAGGACGAGAUCGAGGGAAGCUUCCAUCGCCCGACGACGAUUCCUGUCACGUUCGCUGGCCGGGAAUACGGCCCGACCACUGGGAUCAAGCCGUUGCGCACGGCUGUUGCACGUCUGUACAAUGGGCACUAUCGUCAAGGGAAAGAGAGCCAGUACACAUGGGAGAAUGUGUGCAUUGUGCCUGGAGGGCGAGCAGGGUUGAUCCGGAUUGCUGCCGUCUUAGACAAUUCGUACCUGUCGUUCCCCAUCCCAGAUUACUCGGCGUACUCGGAGAUGUUGACCCUGUUCAAGAACAUUACCCCCAUCCCGAUCCCGCUAUCCUUGGAUGACCAUUAUCAUAUCCACCCAAAUAAGAUCGCGGAGGAAAUCGCGCGAGGUACCCAGGUGCUACUAACAUCGAACCCUCGCAACCCGACAGGCCACAUCAUCGAGCAUAAUGAGCUAGCAGAAAUCCAAGAUAUCUGUCGCAAUCGCGUGACCCUCAUCCUAGACGAAUUCUACGGUGGCUACAACUAUACGACCGACUGUGACGGUUCCACAGUCAGUGGCGCGACGAAUGUCAUUGAUGUCAACCAGGACGAUGUGUUGUUGGUCGAUGGCCUUACCAAGCGCUUCCGCCUACCUGGCUGGCGGAUUGCCUGGGUGGUCGGCCCUAAAGAAUUUAUCAAAGCGCUAGGCUCAGCCGGGUCCUACCUAGACGGUGGCGCCAACGUGCCCUUCCAGGAGGCAGCAAUUCCAAUGCUAGAACCGUCACGGGUGCACACUGAGAUGAAGGCACUACAGGUGCAUUUCCGCGAGAAGCGUGACUACGUUCUGAAGCGGUUGUACGAUAUUGGCUUCCGCGUCCAGGACGUCCCGCCGGCAACCUUUUAUAUCUGGCUUGACCUGACCUCACUCGAUCCGCCACUGCCGGCCGAAGCCAACAUCUCAGACGGCCUGAACUUCUUCAAUGCCCUCCUGACUGAGAAGGUCAUUGUCGUUCCGGGUAUCUUCUUCGACCUGAAUCCCGCCAAGCGUCGCGACCUCUUCGACAGCCCGUGUCACCACUUCGUGCGCCUGAGCUAUGGUCCCAAGAUGGAUGUCUUGAAGAUGGGUCUUGAUGGCAUUGAGCGUGUCAUCAAUCGUGCGCGCGAGAUGGAUCAGAAGAAGUGGGAGGACGAGGUUGCCCUUCUAGAUCACUGA